GAAAAGUUUUAGACUUGCUAGGGCUAGGACAGACACGUCGAUACCAGAUCGACGCCUCAGGUUGGUGGAAUUGGUUGAAGGACGAGCCGCCGCCUCAGAAGCACGUGACCGUGCAGCCUCAGGUUUCCGCCUCGGAGUUCUGCGGCGGCAGAUUGACAGAGCAGGAAAAGCCCAAAGCAGGAUGCCAGCUUGUGACCUUCCUCCACUUGAAGGUUUCCGCGGUCACCAAAAGACGCGCCGCUUGGGCCUUUUUCGGGCUUUGUCCGGCUCAAGAAGCGACACGGGACACUUGGAUUUUCAACCUCACCGAUACCAGUGACCAGACGUGCCAUACGGUGACCAUUCAAGUCGAUGUUCACACCCCGAAGCAACUUCCGCAGCAAGUUCCCGUUGCGGCGCCUCGCAGAUCACGAACCCUUGCCAUGUUUAUGCCGCAGCAGGACAAAAAAACAACUGAGGUACCUCCAGCUGACGCUCCCGCCAAAGAGGAGCAAGGAGUGCCUGUGUUGACACAGCAAGGUCGUGCGACGGCCACAGCCUCCGGCGAACGCCUGGAACGAAGUCGAACUCUUCCAGUCGCUCACGCGCAAAUUGAUACUGAUCAGGAAUCUGACGUUGAACAUCAGACCAAAAAAAACCAGGAACCUCGACCCAAGCGUGUCGGCUGCGCCAUAAAACCUUGUGUGUUGACGCGUUCGGGUCAUGUCCUUGUCAUUCCUCAUCCCCCCGUCUCGGUGCUUCCGCGGCUUCGUGUGUCGGUUCGCGCGCGGUCUGUCGCCACCGUCCUCUCCUUGUUUCUUGAUGCUGGUGGCGAUUGCGCUCCAAAGAAACCCGGAAACGCGGCUUUCCAUGAGGCUGCAAGGGACAUGAACAGAGGUGGUCACCAGUUGGUCCGCUGGCAACCCGACCUUGUCACGGUUGAAUUCGUUUCCAACAGCGGCCGCAAAAGAGAAAGAGAAAAAGCUGCCAAGGACAACGCUUUGGCAGACCAGAAAUUUCAGAAACUUGUGGAGCAAGGCCAAGGGACUCAGGCAGUUAGUGACCACAUCCCCAUCCGUUGCUCUUUGUUGACCAAUAAAGAAGAAGAGGUGCAGGUCGCCCGCUGCCACGGCCGCCUGAAACCUGGUCCGAAGUGGCUCAAGCCCCCUGCCAUUACCAGCGAGGCUUGGACUAUGCAGCUUGAAACUGCUUGGGAAGACUCUUUAGCCAGCUCUGAAGGUUUCGCUUUUACUCAACAGCUGGCUUCUGCUGAGCUCGAUGUAAAUCAGGAAUGGACCAUGUUCAUGAGGUGCAUUGACCAGAUGUUCCGCAGCAAGGAUGAACGAAAUGAGAAGCUUCGUCGCAUCAGCGAAAGGCUGGCCAGACUUUAUGAGCUCCGCCGGCUUCUGCAAAACAAUGACAGCCAGCGACGUGAGCCUCAAGUCAAGUUGCUUUGUCGCAAACUUUGGCGCCGCCCAAUCAGUGACAACUUCGCUUCGCGGUGGCAACUCUGCAACAAUGCAAUCGCCGACGCGAAGGAAGCCACCAAGCUCAUCAAGAAUUACUGGACCGAGGUCUGGAAAAAGCAGGAUGAUCAGAGACCAUCCUUUGCCGAUAUCACUAACUACACCGUCCAGUCCUUCCCCGCAGAGCUGCGGGCCAGUCCUGAUGGCCUUUCUGCAGAAGAGGUCCCCGUGGCCCUCCGUGAAGCUCGGCAAGCAAACCUUCCAAAGGAGAACCGGGUCCUUGACAACCAUUCUUUGCCUGUCACAGGCGAGUCUGGAGCAAGGCCUUUGAUCAUCUUCACCCUGCGGCUGUCACUGAUGCCUUGGAAAAGCUCGGAUGGCCUCGGCAUCUUUGUGACUGAAUUUGCCAGGUUGUCCUUUAAGCCCAAUGCUCCUGGCAGUGGUCACUUCGGCCGGAUGUCGCCGGACCCGCGGUGGUACCAACAUCAAGCAAUGCACCACUUGGAAACUCUUGAGCAAUUUUCUGCAGCGCAGCGGCUGGAAAAAAAGACAGCAACCGCGGCCAGUCGCCGCCUGCUAGCUGAGGUGUCGACGAUGCCUCCUCUCCUGUCUCGCCUGGGUUGGCCAGCCACUAAGGCGGACAUAGCCGUGCUCGAACAUUUGGCGGCGGCAUGCGCGAGGCGCUGUGGGCGCGUCGCUUCCCUGCUGCUUAGUGAGAAGGGUCAUUGUUGUGUCUUCGUGUCGGUUUUAGUUUCUUAUGUGGUUCCGCAGGCGGGUGGGCAGA